CACAACUUUAUUGGUCACGUCUUUUUAAUUUAGUCGAUAAAAAGCCAUCUGCUCCUACAAAAUCCCUUAGCAUCGCCACUUCACCGCCACCAGGCACCACCAGACUCGCUUCAAAUACACGUAGAUUCUGCUGCAUUCCGUUGGGGGCCAAGAAAGAUUCCCAAGAAUCACUCAUUCUUUCCUCAGCAGCUUAUGCGCCUCUUUGUGGUGGUCACUAUAUAACCAUGGCUGCGGUUGUGAUUGAUAAGUACAUUCUUGGGACUUUCUUUGCCUCUCUUUUUGGCCUUUUUCUUCUCUGCAUUUUGCGCUUAAAUUUUAAGAACAAGAACAAGAGCAAGGACAUAACAACCACCGCCACCACCACCUCCACCACCCAAAAUGAUAAUGUGCGCCGGCCUGAGAAUGGCUCCGGUCGUGACGUCAUCAUCGUUGGCGCUGGUGUGGCAGGUGCAGCUCUUGCUUAUACGCUUGGCAAGGAUGGUAGACGGGUUCAUGUGAUAGAAAGGGACUUAACAGAGCCUCACAGAAUUGUCGGUGAAUUGCUUCAACCAGGAGGAUAUCUAAAAUUAAUUGAAUUAGGCCUUGAGGAUUGUGUGGAGGAAAUAGAUGCUCAGCGAGUGCUUGGCUAUGCUCUAUUCAAGGAUGGAAAAAAUACUAGAUUGUCUUAUCCAUUGGAAAAAUUCCAUUCUGAUGUUGCUGGGAGGAGCUUCUAUAAUGGGCGUUUUAUUCAGAGGAUGAGAGAAAAAGCUGCUACCCUCCCCAAUGUACAAUUGCAGCAAGGAACAGUAACAUCCCUACUUGAAGAAAGUGGCACUAUUAAGGGGGUUCAAUAUAAAACUAAGGAUGGUCAAGAACUUAAAGCUUAUGCUCCUCUUACAAUUGUCUGCGAUGGUUGCUUCUCAAAUCUACGUCAUUCUCUAUGUAAUCCUAAGGUAGAUGUACCUUCUUGCUUUGUGGGUUUAGUUCUGGAGAACUGUCAGCUUCCUUUUGCAAAUCAUGGACAUGUUAUUCUAGGAGAUCCUUCACCUAUUUUGUUUUAUCCAAUAAGCAGUACAGAGAUUCGCUGUUUGGUUGACGUGCCAGGUCAAAAAGUUCCUUCCAUUGCUAAUGGUGAAAUGGCCAAGUAUUUGAAGGAUGUGGUAGCACCACAGAUUCCUCCCACGCUUCAUGAUUCCUUCAUAGCUGCAAUAGAGAGAGGUAACAUCAGGACCAUGCCAAAUAGAAGUAUGCCAGCUGAUCCUCACCCUACUCCCGGAGCCCUUCUAAUGGGUGAUGCUUUCAAUAUGCGUCAUCCAUUAACUGGUGGUGGGAUGACAGUUGCAUUGUCUGAUAUCGCUGUAAUUCGAGAUCUUCUUAAGCCACUACCAGACCUUAAUGAUGCAGCUUCCUUAACCAAAUAUCUUGAAUCCUUUUACACGUUGCGUAAGCCUGUGGCAUCUACUAUAAAUACUUUGGCGGGUGCCUUAUACAAGGUAUUCUCCGCUUCCCCUGAUCAGGCAAGGAAGGAAAUGUGUCAGGCAUGCUUUGACUAUUUAAGCCUUGGGGGUAUUUUUUCAUCAGGACCUGUAUCUUUACUCUCUGGUCUAAAUCCACGUCCAAUGAUCUUAGUUCUCCAUUUUUUUGCUGUUGCAAUAUAUGGGGUUGGUCGAUUGUUACUUCCAUUUCCUUCACCUAAAGCCAUAUGGAUUGGAGCUAGACUAAUUUCAGGUGCAUCAGGUAUUAUUUUCCCUAUUAUAAGAGCAGAGGGAGUGAGGCAAAUGUUCUUCCCUGCCACUGUUCCUGCAAUAUAUAGACCUCCUCCUGUUAAAGAUUCAUCCGAUGAUACUCAAAAGUCAAGACGAUUGAAGGAUGAUCAUUCUUGAUACCUCUCCACUGAAGCAGACAGGAAUUAGAGAAUGGCAACUGCGGGAUUAAUAUUGAAAGGUGAUGGUAAGUAUAGGCUUCAAAAAGUCAAUUCUCCAGAAAACGAUUUUGCUUUUGUUUUACAAACCAAAGUAAAGGCUUAAAGAUGCUUAUUCUGACUUCAUCAUGUACUCUAUUUCCACUGAUAUGAAUAAUUAAGCAUCAACUAUAAA